GGGAACAGUUGGUGGAGGCGGUGGUUCUCAACGGCAGCAUGGAAGCAGCAAAAGAGGCGUCUUGGGCUGACUGGGUCUUCCACCUGAUCUGCGUUCCCUGGAAGCUGUUCUUUGCGCCGAUUCCACCCACAGCGUUCCUGCGCGGUUGGGUCUGUUUUUUCGCGUCUUUGGGCUACAUAGCUUUUCUGACCGCCAUCAUUGGAGACAUGGCUGAGAUCUUUGGAUGCGUGCUUGAGAUCCCUGACCUGGUUACGGGGGUCAGCUUCGUGGCUCUAGGCACUUCGAUGCCGGAUCUCUUUGCUUCGCGCCACGCUGCUGUGGAGGAUCCAACGGCUGAUGCUGCAAUCAUCAACGUGACAGGCAGCAACUCCGUGAACGUGUUCCUCGGCAUCGGCAUUCCUUGGACGGUGGGCGCAGUGGUGUGGGCUAUUCGUGGGCGAACGGCCAAGUGGCUGGCUGUUUACCCAGACAUUGCCGCCCAAGACAACAUGAGGCCCUUGAUUUCGCAAGGGGUGGGAGAUUUCAAACACGUGGAGCAAGCCGAAGGAGUAG